AUCGAUUAAUGGCUCGUUUUGAUAGCUCGGCAUUGCCACCUACUAUAAUUCAUAGAUUCUCUCUCCAUUCUUCCCCUUCCCCUUCCCCCUCCCCCUUUUUCACUCGAGAAGAAGGAAAAGUAAAAACCUCUGCAAACACAUCACACAAAAGCACACAUUAAUGGGCAGUUGUUUCACAAUCAACAGGUGAUUCGUGGGGUCUGUGUUGAUUUCGAAUCAGAUCUCUAACAUCCUCUCAGUCGCUGUGAUAUCGAAUACGAUGCAGCCACAAUCACUAAAACUCACCAUCAAAUUGAAGAUUGACAAUUCUGGCAACAACUCUUCGCCAAAUGUUGACGGCCCGAGUAAUGUAGCCCGAGAACCCGAUGACUCGAGUAGUUUUAAUCCUCUGAACAACCCGUCAACGAACUCCAAAGAUGAAGAAGUGGAUUUAAGUUGUACAGACGUACGAGAAAAUCACUGCACAGAAGAUAAAGAGCAAAACGAAAUUUCUAAGUAUCAGCUGGUGGUUUAUGAUCCGAGUAUAAAUGGUUCUACUAAUGGAAGCGUUGAAACUAGUGCUUCUCGAGACUCCAUUGUUCGUCGGGCUUCAAGAGCUCAUCCGUUUGCAUCUGUGGGGGCCUUCACUGUUCAAUGCUCUAACUGUUUCAAGUGGAGGGUCCUCCCAACAAAGGAGAAGUAUGAGGAAAUAAGAGAGCAUAUUACUGAACAGCCUUUUUUUUGUGAAACGGGCCGCGAGUGGAGGCCCGAGAUUUCAUGUGAUGACCCGCCUGAUAUAACACAAGAUGGGAGUAGGCUUUGGGCGAUUGACAAACCGAACAUUGCUCAACCACCGCCAGGCUGGCAACGACUCCUGAGAAUCAGAGCUGAAGGAGGCUCCAAGUUUGCUGAUGUGUAUUAUGCUUCACCAUCGGGCAAGAAACUCCGAUCAAUGGUUGAAGUUCAAAGGUACCUUAAUGAGCACCCAGAGUACAUUAAAGAAGGGGUUAGCUUGUCUCGAUUUUCCUUCCAAACCCCAAAACCUUUGCGCGACAACUAUUUGCGAAAACGUCCUGCUCAAGAUGCACUUAAUAAUGAUACCGGUGCUAAUGGGAUUUCACAAGUUCAACCCAUAUCAUGGGUUGGUCCUGAAGUCGACAAGGACCUUCAGCUCAGUGGGCCCGGGCCCGACUAUUCAAAGUCUCGUGGUUCGAACCCUGAAUUUAGAUCGACAAAGAAGAAAGGCCUGAAAAGGGCCUUGUCUGAACAAAGUUGCAAUGCUGAUUUGGGUGAGUCUUGUGAGCUUUGAAUCUGGUGUUUGUUGUAGUUGCUCGAUAUCUUUGUAAUCGUUUGAAGCUUUUCGGCAAAUUUUGCAUUCUAUAGUCUGAUGUAGUCUUUUGUAUAAAUUAUGAUUUUGAAUCUGCUCUGAGUAUUGUUGUAUGUUGCAACUGUUGGAACCUACCUUCAUCUGUUGAGCUCCAUAUUCUUGUCUGAUACUUUCAGUACAUUAUAUGUAUUUUUAUAUCUACACAAA